AUGCACGCCAAGUCGGACUCGGAGGUGACGAUGAGCGUGGAGCAGUCGACUCCUCCGCGGUCGCCGUCGCGGCGGCCCAUCUACUACGUCCAAAGCCCGUCCAACCACGACGCCGAGAAGAUGUCGUACGGCUCAAGCCCAAUGGGCUCCCCCGGCCACCCUGCUUACUACCACUGCUCCCCCAUCCACCACUCUCGCGAGUCCUCCACCUCCCGCUACUCCGCCUCCCUCAAAAACCCCCGAAACUCCGCCUGGAAGCGCCUCCACCGCCCCGACGCCGACUCCGACACCGACCCCGACGACCAAAACGACACCGUCUCCCCCGGCCGCAACGUCAGGCUCUACCUCUGCUUUCUGCUCUUGUUCGUCUUCCUCUUCACCCUCUUCUCCCUCAUCCUCUGGGGCGCCAGCAAGUCCUACAAGCCCCACGUCCUCGUCAAGAAUAUUGUGUUCGAGAGCUUCAACAUACAGGCGGGGGUGGACAACUCGGGGCUGGCGACGGACAUGUUGUCGCUGAACUCGACGGUCAGGAUUCACUACAGGAACCCCGGGACAUUCUUCGGCGUCCACGUCACGUCCACUCCUCUCGAGCUCCACUAUUACCAGCUCAAGGUCGCCUCCGGUCAGAUUGAAAAGUUUUACCAAGCAAGGAAGACUCAUCGGACAAUAUUGACAGUGGUGCGAGGGUCUCAAGUGUCUCUCUAUGGUGGAAUUUCAGCUCUUGAUGUUAGAGGCAAUCACGAGAAGGUGGCAGUGCCGCUGAAUCUGACAUUCGUUGUGCGUUCCAGAGCCUACAUUUUGGGAAAACUAGUGAAGUCCAAGUUUUAUAGGAGAAUUAGAUGCUCUGUCACUCUGAGGGGAAGCAAUCUAGGCAAGCAUUCUAAUUUGACGGAAUCUUGUGUCUAUCACUGA